GCACACCAGGGCCAUUUCUAUCACCAGAGUCGUCGUCGUGUUCGUUGUGCAGCUGCACGAGCGAUGUUUCGACGUACCACGCUCCUCCCGAAACCUGUCUGCCCGACCAGUGCACUUGUGCUCGUGCGGAGCUUCCCAGCUGCUUCAAAGGUACGCCCUUGAGCGAUGCAGAUUUCCAUCCUGCU